AAAUUAAGUAAAAGAAGAAAAAAAAUAGGGAGAAAAAUAAUUUUUUUAAGUAAUUUGAUAGAUUUAUGUGAGCAAAUCCCAUCCCUAUCCUUCUCUCUCCUCUUCAAGAUUGGAUACAAGAGGACAUAAGAGGAAGAGAACAUUUUUACAACAAAACCCCCCAAAAAAAGAGAUUCAAACAUUGAAGUCAUUGAUUGAUUAUGUCCGAAGCAGCAACAACAGCUACAGCUGAAAUUGAAGAAGAAAAUCAUCAACAGUCUUCAUCUUUCUUUGCUCAUAAUUGCAAUAAUUUUCCAAGAAUUAGGGAGUUUCAAUCAGGUGUGACGCAGCUACACCAUACAAUUUUAGACCCUUCAUCAACCUUCAUGGACCUUGAUUUUGGGGAUCUAGAUGCUUCAUGGUCAUUUGAUCAGAUCCCAACUUCUCCAGUUCUUAUUACUACUUCCGAACAACCUUUUUCCCCUCUUUGGGCUUUUGCUGAUGAACGGAAUCCUCCUGGAAUACGAAUUCCUGCUGACCUUUCUCGGUUUCCUCCUUGUAAUCCAGAACCUGCAGGUGAAAAUGGAGGGUGUGAGGCUGGCAAUGAUGAUGAUGAUGAUGAUGAUGAUAAAAAGGAGGUUCCUACUCCGGUUUUGGGGUUCGCUCCAAUUGAGAAUUUUGAUGUAUCCUUUAUAAUUAAAGAAAGGAUGACACAGGCACUUAGGUACUUCAAAGAAUCAACAGAACAGAACCAGAUUUUAGCUCAAAUUUGGGCACCUAUAAAGAGUGGAAAUAAUUAUGUGCUAACAACUUCUGGGCAGCCGUUUGUUCUAGGGCCACACAGUAAUGGGUUGAAUCAGUAUAGAACAGUAUCUUUGAUGUAUAUGUUUUCAGUUGAUGGGGAGAGUGCGACAAAUUUGGGGUUGCCUGGGCGUGUGUUUAGACAAAAGUUGCCGGAGUGGACACCAGAUGUGCAGUACUACUCGAGCAAAGAAUAUCCAAGAGUGAAUCAUGCUAAGCAUUAUAAUGUAAGAGGAACAUUGGCUUUGCCAGUACUUGAACCUUCAGGGCAGUCCUGUGUUGGUGUGCUUGAGCUUAUUAUGACUUCGCAGAAGAUCAACUAUGCUCCUGAGGUUGAUAAAGUCUGCAAAGCUCUUGAGGCAGUAAAUCUAAAGAGUUCAAAGAUUGUGGAUCAUCCGAAUAUCCAGAUCUGCAAUGAAGGUCGUCAAAAUGCGCUCGCUGAGAUCUUGGAAGUAUUAACAGAGGUAUGCGAAACUUAUAAAUUACCUCUGGCGCAGACUUGGGUUCCAUGCAGGCAUAGGAGUGUUUUAGCGUAUGGGGGUGGUUUCAAGAAAAGUUGUUCCAGCUUUGACGGAAGCUGUAUGGGACAAGUAUGCAUGUCCACAACUGAUGUUGCAUUCUAUGUUGUAGAUGCUCAUAUGUGGGGCUUCCGAGAAGCCUGUGCUGAGCAUCAUCUUCAGAAAGGGCAGGGUGUUGCUGGCAGGUCAUUUUCAUCCCACGGAUUGAGUUUCUGCAGAGAUAUUUCACAAUUUUGUAAAAUCGAAUACCCCUUGGUUCACUAUGCUCGUAUGUUUGGGUUAACCGGAAGUUUUUCCAUCUGUUUAAGGAGCAAGCAUACAGGGGAUGAUGAUUAUGUUCUCGAGUUUUUCCUCCCUCUUAGCUUAACAGACAUUUCAGAGCAGCUCAGCUUACUAGACUCAAUACUGGCAACAAUGGAGCGUGAUCUGCAGAAUUUGAUGAUUGCUUCUGGGAGAACACUGGAAGAGGAAAAGAAACACAUUGAAAUCAUUGAAGUGUCAACGGAUGAGAAUCCAGACUUACAAGUUGAAUCUAACCUGUCGACUAGACCUCUAUCGGUGAUAGAACCGAUAAAUGGUGUACUACCAUCGACAAAGAAUUCCCCUCCCCAGUCGGUAGAACCAGAUGCUAGAAAUGCAGAAGAAAGUGUUGAAGCUGCGAGGAUCAAGAUUAAGGCACCCAAGAAACCCUCAGAAAGAAAACGUGGAAAAGCUGAAAAGCAAAUAAGCUUAGAGGUUCUUCAGCAGUAUUUUGCUGGAAGCCUAAAAGAUGCCGCAAAAAGCCUUGGAGUGUGCCCGACAACUAUGAAGCGGAUCUGUAGGCAGCAUGGCAUAUCACGAUGGCCAUCUCGCAAAAUCAAUAAGGUGAAUCGAUCUCUAACAAAGCUCAAGCGUGUGAUUGAAUCUGUCCAAGGUACUGAUGGAACAUUUAGCUUGACGUCCCUAGCUCAACCUACUGUUCCUGUACCUGUUGGAUCUAUUACUUGGCCUGCUGGUGUGAAUGGAACUUGUCAGCAGCAAUCACCUACAUAUGUACCUGUAGAUCUUCCGGAUGAAAGGAGUGAAAUGCCGCAACCCAAACAAAGAGUUGAUGGGCAGGCAAGUGGCAGGGCGUCAAGUCAUGAAGAAAGGAUUCAUGAGCAGAACGGCUUUGUAUCUAAAGCAAGUGGGUCCCGGGAGGUAAGUGCAGCGACAUCUACUUCUCAUGGAUCAUGUCAUGGAAGUCCUGGAACUGAAAGCACCCAACAAAAUGGCCAUUUUCUUCUCAACUUUCACGAACAAGCAGGAAACUCGACAGGUUUGAUUUGUCAACCAAAUGGAGAAUUACGUUUAUCUGUUGGUUACUUGAUGCCAGAUGCCCUCCUUGCAGCACAUCAUCCUCAAGAAGCCUUUUGUGGCAUGCUUCUUGAGGAUGCAGGGAGCUCAAAAGAUUUAAGAAAUCUUUGUCCUUCAGCUGCCGAGGCCAAUGUAGAUGAAGUCAUCCCUGAACAAGGAUGGAUAAACCAGCCUUGUCCGAACCAAUCUCCUAGAGUAGCUAUGAGUGCUGCUGGUAUGAUACCCAGGUUUUCUUCAAAGCAAGAUAUAAAAACUGUUACAAUAAAGGCCACAUUUAGAGAAGAUAUUAUCAGAUUUAGGUUUUCUUUGAGUUCUAACAUUGUCGAGUUGAAAGAGGAGGUGGCAAAAAGGUUUAAACUCGAAGUGGGCACAUUCGAGAUAAAGUACCUUGACGAUGAUCACGAAUGGGUAUUGAUAGCUUGUGAUUCGGACCUACAAGAGUGCCUAGAUGUAUCAAAAUCAUCAGGAAGCAAUAUGAUCAGACUGUUAAUUCAUGACAUAUUAUGUAAUCUUGGAAGUUCAUGCGAAAGCUCGGGGGAAUAAUCAAAGGGUUUGAAGAAUAGAUAUUUGGCUUAGGUUGUAACUCAUUCUUGUUGUAGUAGUAUUAGGAAGGUGGGAAAGUCGGAAAUUGUAAAUUGGUGUAUUAGUUGGGUUGUCUACGCAAGCUGUAAAUAGUUUGCUGGUGUUUUACUAGGGUGAGACUCACACAAUGUGGAUUUUGUUCUCUUUUGUCUUCAGUUUUGCUGAAUUUUGUUCUCAGUUCCUUGUAAUUGUAAACAUAAAAUUUUCAGUUAUAUAACAUUGUUUUCCUCAAAGAAAA